ACUGAUUUUGUCUUUAGAAAGUAGGCAAAGUGGAACAAUAGAGCAGGUGUUGAGAAGCACAGGAAGGAUGGUUAUGGGGACAGAAGGGGUGUAGAGCGCACUGUGUGGGUGGGAGGAGGAGUGUGAGGUGGUGAGUCAGGCUGAAGCAGCAGCAGCUCUUUAACAGCUAGAGGAAGCUGAUCAGGAGCUGAUGAUGAUGAUGAUGAUGUGCUGUGUGUCAUGGCCAAUGGGACCAGUGCGAUCAUGUUGAAAUGUGUGGUGGUCGGUGACGGUGCCGUCGGUAAAACUUGCCUCUUGAUGAGCUAUGCCAAUGAUGCAUUUCCUGAGGAAUAUGUGCCCACUGUGUUUGAUCAUUAUGCAGUGAGCGUGACAGUUGGGGGAAAGCAGUACCUCCUUGGGCUGUAUGACACUGCUGGUCAGGAGGACUAUGAUCGCCUCCGUCCCUUGUCUUACCCCAUGACGGAUGUCUUCCUGAUUUGCUUCUCCGUGGUGAAUCCGGCCAGUUUCCAGAACGUGAGGGAGGAGUGGGUCCCUGAGCUGCAGGAAUAUGCACCCAACGUCCCCUACUUGCUCAUUGGCACUCAGAUUGAUCUGAGAGAUGACCCCAAAACCAUCACAAAGUUGAAUGAUGUGAAGGAGAAGCCCAUAGUGACAGAACAGGGGCAGAAGUUGGCAAAAGAGAUUGGUGCCUGCUGUUAUGUGGAGUGCUCAGCCCUGACACAGAAAGGCCUGAAGACGGUGUUUGACGAGGCCAUUAUCGCCAUUCUGGCUCCCAAGAAAGGUGUACUAAAGCGACGUCUCGGCCCACGGUGCAUCAACUGCUGCCUUAUCACUUUCGCUUCUGCAGGCAUGUGUGGUCUGGCGAGAAAAUCUAGAGGAAGAUAAAGAGCACAACCAAACACCCCAGACAUUUACAGAAACAAGACUUUUUGUCGAAAAAGGGAACCUGCGUCGUGGCGACAUGGGAUUGCAAAACGAAUGCCUUUUACAAAACACUUCUCUUUCCAGUCUGGGUUUUUACAUUCUUUAUUUCCAAGAAAGACGAGACUGAAAUGAUCAAGUAUAUAUAUGUAUAAAGCCACUGCAACUAUUGAAGGGACAAAUAAUUUAAAACCUGAGGGGAAAAUAUACUUUAUUGCUGCAUUUGACCUCCGAGGACAUGACUUAACAGAGCUGGUGCAAGCAUGAGGAAGUUGCAGGGUGAUGAUUUAUAACGCAGCCCUUGGACGCUGAUCCAGAACAUGGCCUGUGCCUGUAAGUUCCUGUCCUUCACUUGAGUUUGUAGGUGAGUUGCUUGCGAUGCCAGCGGAUCCAGAUCGGAGCAACUAGCAGUCCUGCCAGAAAUCCUCCUGUCGCCCCGAGGGAACAGGAAAUGGGCCACACCUAGAGGGAGGAGCCACAGAAAAGCUGGAAUCAGCAACAACCAAUCAGCUCUGUAACUGCACAGCUCACCGGCUGCAACCAACAAGAUCACUGUGGUGUUUUAAUGGUCAACUUUCAUACUCAAAGCUUUAAACUGUUUGUUUUUCCUUUUUUUUUUUAAAAAAAAAAAUGCACAUAGCUUUUGAUUGUGUGUUUUUGAGGCCUCAGCUCUGAUUUAUUUUGCAUUUUCAAAUUCUAUCGAGUACCGAACUUAAGCAUCAAUAGCUAUUUUAAAUGGAUUUUAUUGCACAGUAAAUGCAAGCAGUGAUUUGCGUGUUUUUUGCAGCUUCCAAUAUUAAGAGUUUUUAAAAGAAAUGAACAAAGCUUUAUGAAUAUUGUGGAUUAAAUACCUAGUGAGUUGCAAGUGGGGAAACUCCAUGAAGUCGAUUUUAAAUGGUGCAAAUUAUUUUCUUAACGUAAAAAGGCUCCAACUCAGUGAACAGUGAUUAAUACUUUAUGUACAUUUUAUCUCUAACUGAUGUUUGCUCAACAUAAAGUUGUGUUUUGUUUUCAUAAAAGCUGUCUCUGUUUAAUCUUAUUGCCUGCUUUUUUUCUGAUCGGAAUGUAUAAAAAAAAAAAAUGUUGUGCUGAAGUGAAAUUUGAUCUAAUCCUUGCUCAUGUUGGUUACUUGACUUGAUUUCGGUGAGAUUUUACGAAAUGACUAAAUCUGUUAUGGUCUGAGUAUUAAAUUGUUGUCAUGAA